GUUUGGCUAAAGUUGCCUGUAGAUCCGACACGGAUGUCUCAAAAUGAGGGAUCCCCAUCUCCGCCUCGCUGUGACCAAUGGCGGCAUGCCCGUAGCCGUGCCGACGCCCCCGCACGCGGGGGGAGCGAUGGAGCAGGUGUGGCGGGGCACCUUGCGAAGCUUCUCCAGCUCCACGGGCUACGGCUUUGUACAUAACGAAGAGCUGCAGCGGCACUAUGGCCGUCCCUCGCAGCUGUCGGAGGGGGCGUGUGCAAUGGGAUCCUGGAGCGUGUGCGUGUACAAUGUGAGUACACUAGAGAACCACGCAGACGAGUCCGAGAUGUGUUGUUCUCUCAUGUGUGAUGUGGUUGCAGGGCUUACGUGGCAAACUAAGAAGACUGAUUCCACAGCAGGGUGAUGUUUUGCUGGGAAGCCUUGCGCAGUUUGUUUUUUCCCCAAUUAGGUUGGAGGCCAUCGCUACGGAUUAUCGCAUCUCUUGCCCCCCUCACCUACUCCGUCCGACACGGACCACCGACUCACCUCCCCAACCUCGAGAGGUUCACCGGUUUGGGCGGUGGGAGGUGACGUCUAUGUGCAGCAGUCG